CGCACGCACGCAGGCUCAGCACUUCCGGCCGCGGCGGCCUUAGCGCCGGCCCGAAGGGAGCAUAGCGCCCGGUCUCCCGAGCGGCAUGCGGCGCUGAGGAGCGCGGACACGUCGGCGGCGUCAUGAACCUCCUCCCGUGUAACCCCCACGGCAACGGGCUGCUGUACGCCGGCUUCAACCAGGACCACGGGUGCUUUGCGUGUGGGAUGGAAAAUGGAUUCCGAGUCUAUAACACGGAUCCACUAAAAGAAAAAGAGAAACAAGAUGCAGCAGGGAGAGGACCGCUGUCUUUGAGAGAACUGUGGAGAACUCCGAUGAUCGAUCCAGUUACGGCAGAAUUUCUAGAAGGAGGAGUUGGCCACGUUGAAAUGUUAUUUCGCUGCAACUAUUUAGCUUUAGUUGGUGGUGGAAAAAAGCCAAAAUACCCUCCCAACAAAGUCAUGAUCUGGGACGACCUGAAAAAGAAGACUGUCAUUGAAAUAGAAUUUUCUACGGAAGUCAAGGCAGUCAAAUUGCGGCGAGAUAGAAUUGUGGUCGUCUUGGACUCCAUGAUUAAAGUGUUCACGUUCACGCACAAUCCCCAUCAGUUGCAUGUCUUUGAAACCUGCUACAACCCUAAAGGCCUCUGUGUCCUGUGUCCCAAUAGCAACAACUCCCUCCUGGCCUUCCCCGGCACACACACAGGCCACGUGCAGCUCGUGGACCUGGCCAGCACGGAGAAGCCGCCCGUAGACAUUCCCGCACACGAGGGCGUCCUGAGCUGCAUCGCGCUCAGCCUGCAGGGAACACGGAUCGCAACCGCGUCUGAGAAAGGGACCCUUAUAAGAAUAUUUGAUACUUCAUCAGGGCAUUUAAUCCAGGAGCUACGGAGAGGAUCUCAAGCAGCUAAUAUUUACUGCAUCAACUUCAACCAGGACGCGUCCCUGAUCUGUGUGUCCAGUGAUCACGGCACCGUGCACAUUUUUGCAGCUGAAGAUCCAAAAAAGAACAAGCAGUCUAGCUUGGCGUCAGCCAGUUUCCUCCCGAAAUACUUCAGUUCCAAAUGGAGCUUCUCCAAGUUCCAGGUUCCCUCAGGCUCUCCGUGCAUUUGUGCCUUCGGAACGGAGCCCAACGCCGUCAUCGCGAUCUGCGCGGACGGCAGCUACUACAAAUUCCUCUUCAACCCCAAGGGGGAGUGCGCCCGCGACGUCUACGCGCAGUUCCUGGAGAUGACCGACGACACGCUGUGAGCCGGACGCGGGCGAGGACGCCGCUGGCUGCCACCCUCGGGCUCCCGCGCCCUGCGGGCCUCCCAGGGACCUUGGUCUCGAAGCCAUACGUGGUCGUCUGCUUUGCUUAGCAAGACUCCCGUUCCAGUAUUACAGAGAACCGCCACCAAGACACCAGAUGCCCGCGCCUGCGCCCACGGGGCUCCACGCGGGGCCGGUGGAGGAAGACUCACCGCCGUCUGCCUUUGCGCCAGAUUCCGUCAUUUUCGCCGCGUCUGCAGUGGGGAAGGGACAGGCGUGCCAGCGUGGCUCACGUCGUGGCAGAUCCGCGCAGAGCACCAGCAGCCUUAGGACGGGGACGGGCUCCUCCCGUCUGAGCGUGGAGAGCAACGUGGCCGUCGGAACACGCUGGGCGUUUGCCUAGCCCCGCCCCCAGCACGUCUCUGCCCGUGGCGGCUGUGCGCCCGCACGUGGCCGUCCCACUGUCACAGCGAGUCCUCGGGCUUGAGGGGCGGCCGGGUCUCCCGGUUAAGUUCUGGGUUUCCCUGUUCCAUGUGGGGAACACGCAGACUUUAAAAGCCCGUCACAGAACGUGCCACUUAACGUAGCAGGACGUUUCCACCACGCAGUGCCCGAGCGUCCUUGGGCAGUUCCUGUCGCGUGGUGGGAAAUGCCUCGGCCAGCCUGUCGUCACUCCCUGUCACCGUCUGUCCCCCACACGUCAGAAUAGCUGUACACCAACGUUCUGGGAAGGAGGCACAGAACUUUUUCUUUUUUUAACAUUUGGUAACUAAAGUAGGUUAUGGGCUCUAUGUUCUCAACUACUUACGGUAUAUAUUUAAUUUUCUUAAAUUCCCUUUAAAGCAACUUCAUUUUACGGUUUUGGUUUUAAGCUGCAAACAUUAAAAUCUGCAGAGCAGCAGGUUCUCUGUUUUGCCAGUUCCUUUACUGUCAUGUAAUCAACUAACUUUGUAUGUGGGUUUUGAUGUAAAGUAUGCAUGUUACUUUUAUGUGUAUUUAAUCAUGAAGUUUAAUUUUGCACACUUAUUUGUAAUGUUUCUUUUAAAUAAAAGUGACUAAUUUUGUUGUACUCCGCGCCCGUGAAGGGAACUAA